AUGUGUAAACACGUACUAAACGCACAAGUCUCCAUCCGAGCUCCUUGCUGCAAGCAGUGGUACGACUGCCCCGAAUGCCAUGCAGAGGCACAAUCCCAUCCACUCGCAAAGGCUACUGAGAUGGUCUUCAUCUGCAAAAAGUGCAAAAAAGCUUUCAGAAAGGACAUGGCUGAGUAUGAUGAGAGUGAUGAGUAUUGUCCUCAUUGCGAUAAUCACUACGUGAUUGAUGCAAAAACACCGCAAGCAGUCAUCGGCGUCGAGGGUGACGAUGCUCGUGUAGACGCCCGAAUGCUCAAGGACGAACGAAUCAAAGGCGAAAACGAGCGAUCACUAUACCGGCAGGAUCAGUCUGAUCGACUAGGCUGA